GAAAUUGCACUUGCAGAUAAGCCACAAUCUGACAAACACUAAACCGACACGCGCCAUGAAAUAAAGCAAAGUUGACGAGUGGAUUUUUUUCCUUCCUGGCAUCAAAGCAGGAGGGACUCUUAAGGAGGAUUUGAAGGCGACAUCCUGCAUGCGCGGAAUGUUUACCCAAUGUGAUGUGAGUUGUUCAAGUCUUCGCCUGGAAAUCGCUCGUCAACCUUUCGACCUGUUAUCACCUGCUUAGAUACCGUCAGCUGAUACCCGCCUCCCGCCUGCCCGACCCUCACCGUAUACAAGUAUCGUUCCGGCCAAAGUGCGCACCCUCUACCUGGCAUCGGCCGCUCCGACGCUGCAGCCUACGACGGGCGGCGCAUACAAAAGACAGAGACGGCGCAAACGCACAAGUCGGGCGCACGCGGAGAGAGAUGGGCUGCUGUAACAGAAGGUGCGGGCUCAUCGCCGGAGCCGUCAUCGGGGCGGCGACGGCCCUGCUGGGAGGCAUCCUGAUCCCGGUCGGGAACGGUCUCAUCAAGGACACCGUCUUGCAGAAAGCCGUCAUCGCUCCCGGGACGCCGGCGUACGAGAACUGGUUGUCCCCGGGGGGAGCGGUCUACAGACAGUUCUGGUUCUUCGAUGUGCAAAACGCCAGGGAGGUGAUAGAGAAAGGUGUCGCGCCGGUGGUCGUGGAGAAGGGACCUUACACCUACUUGACCAGAUACUUGCCCAAAGCGCACAUCACCUUCAACCCCAACGACACCGUCUCCUACCUGCUCCCGCAAGGCGCCGUCUUUGAGCCGUCCUUGUCGGCGGGACCGGAACAGGACAACGUCACCUCUCUGAACUUGGCCGUGGCGGGGGCGUACUCGAUGAUUCCCAAAGGUCUGCAUCCCCUCCUGGAGACCAUGAUCAAGGGCAGCAAGUCAUCCUUGUUUCAGCACCGCAGCGUCAGGGAGCUGCUGUGGGGGUACAAGGACCCCAUGUUGAAAUCCACCGUGGGCCUUUUUGCACCGUACAACGGCACUUUUGACGGCUACUACAACAUCUACAGCGGCAAGGGCGACAUCAGCCAAGUGGGCAUGAUCGACAAGUGGCGAGGAUCCAGGAGUCUGAGCUUCUGGGACGACAAGUACUGUAACAUGAUCAACGGGACAGAUGGUUCUAACUUUGCUCCCUUUGUGGACGCAACAAAGCCCCUCUUCUUCUUUUCCUCGGACAUCUGCAGGUCGGUGUCAGCCAGCUGCGAGCGGUCCACGGUCCUGAAGGAGAUCCCGGUGUACCGUUUCGCACUCCUGGCGUCCACCCUCGCCUCGCCGGCGGACAACCCCGACAACCACUGUUACUGCCGGGAUCCCAAGACCACCAAGAACUGCACCAUAGCGGGAGUGCUGGACAUCAGCUCCUGUCAAGACGGUCAGUCGGGAAGGUCAGGGGAGUUUUCUUUCGCCAGGUUCUCAUCCGUUCGGUUUUUCUUCGCAGGACAACCCAUCUACAUCUCCUUGCCGCACUUCCUUUAUGGUAGUCCGUCCCUGCAGGAGGCCAUAAGGGGGCUCGACCCCAACGAGGAGCAUCAUAAGACCUACCUGGAUGUGGAACCUAUAACAGGAAUUACCCUCGGGUUUGCGAAGAGAAUCCAGGUGAACAUGAUGUACGGACCCUCCAACGUCAUCACGGUGCUGAAGAAAGUCAACGAGAGCACAAUUUUCCCUCUGGUCUGGAUGAACGAGACGGCGGAACUGGACGACGAGUCUGCGGGUCUGCUCAAGGUGGAGCUGGUGGACCGGAUCAAGAUGCUAGACGUGGUCCAGAAAGUCCUGCUGGGCUCGGGCCUGGCCGUCUUCGCCCUCUGCCUGCUCCUGUACACCGCCGUCAGGUGCAGCGACGACAAGUCGCAGUCCGUCUGAUGCUGCUAGUUUGAUACGGCCUUAUUAUUUAUAAUGUCCCCUUUCCCUUUGAUAUUCAUACUGUGAUUUUUGUAAACUUGACUGAAGUCGUGUCACUUUAAUUCAAACAAUCAGGGAUUUUGGGCCUUCUUUAAAUAAGCUAUUUCAAGGCUACAUGACGUGCU